GUAGAUCCAAACCAGCUGAAUGAAGAGGGUUACAUUUUUCAGAACUAAGAAAAAAAUGUUUAUAAACCGAUCAAAUCGGAAGAAAUUGUACAUUUCUCUAUGUGUCAUAGGAUUAGUGUUAAUUUUAUUUUUAAUGAGAGAUUAUAUCAAUUAUGAUUGCGAUGCAGCUAUAAUAAUUGACAAAAGUUUUGCAGAUAUCCCUCCAGAAAUGUUAAAUGAAAAUACAAUUUUCUUUCUCGAGACGAGCAAUUCAUCUGAUCACAAAAUAAGUUCACGUGAAGCAUGUGCUAUUGAGUCUGCAGCUUACAUGAAUCCAAACACAAAUAUAGUUGUGCUGUUUUUGACAUUAUCAAAUCACAUAAGACUGAAAAAUUGGUCACAGUUCCAGCCAAUAUUAGAUUAUGACAAUAUCCAUUUAAGAUACUUCCAUAUGGACGAUAUCAUCAAAGACACUCCAAUAGAAAAGUGGAUGCAGAAAGGAUUAUUGAGUCGGUCUUAUUAUCCUGUGGUUCAUACAUCGGAUAUCCUUAGGUACACAUUACUGUACAAAUAUUCAGGAAUUUAUCUUGAUCUAGAUGUGAUAGUGACACGUCCUUUAGAUGAAAUGGGAUCAUCAAGCUUUGCUUGCCAUCAAGAUGACAAAAUAGUUAAUAAUGCAAUUAUUAAAUUAGGUGGAUCAGAUGGGAAGGAAGUUGGUCGUUUACUUUUAGAAGAAGUGACUGAAAACUUUAACGGCAGGCUAUGGGAAGAAAAUGGACCAUUGCUCAUCACGAAAUCUCUAAAUAAAUUUUGCAAAACUGAAAAUCUUUCAGGCAUAGAUAAAUGUAAAGAAUUUGAUAUUCUUUCUAUGGAUAAGUGUUAUGCUGUAAAAUGGCAAAGUUGGCAUAAACUAUUCUACGAAGUCUAUGCUGACGAAACUAUGGAAGCUGUAAAGCAUUCAUACUUUGUUCAUCUAUGGAAUGCAAAGAGUAAGGGAACAAAAUUGGAAACAACAAGUCGGGCAAGCUUUAAUCAAUUAGCCGCAAAACAUUGUCCACGCGUGCAUCAACAUAAUUCGAUUAUAUGAUUUGGAUGAAUAAAGCAUAAUUGAUUUAAUCAGUGGUUUUGGUGUUGUAAUGAAAUUCAUGACAUGAUGAUAAUUUUGUAGAACAUACAUUUAGUGAUAAUUUUGGAUAUGUGGUGUCGUUUUUAAGUGAUGAAUAAUUUUUUGAAGGGACUAAAAUUGUGUGACAUCUUCAAACGGGUUCAUUCGGAAAACUUUUUCUAUAAAAUAUUUGUAGCAUAGC